UGGUGGAGCGCGGGGAGCGGAAGUAGCGUUGGUAGGGUUUGUUUAUACGCAAGGCAGCUAGCGGUAAUUGAACAAAUCUGAAUUUGUGAGAUAUGGACGCGUUACAAAGGCAUAGGUCUCUGUAUAAGAGCACAACUCCACCAUGGAAGGAAACAUACAGAAAGCGUUGUGUGGAAAGGUUGAAGAACAGCCGCUCGAGGUUAUUGGAGAAGUACCGUCAGAUGAGAGACACCACAAAGAGCUCUCUGCUCGUCCAGGAAGUGAUGGAAGUGGAGUGGAGCGCCUUGCAGUCCGCCAACCAAAGACUGCCUUCGUUGUGGAAGAAAGACGGCGUGAGUGAUAUGUACAGAGACGUGCAGGAACAUGAUGAAUUGGCUGUUCUAGAGGAAAUCCAACAGGAACUCGUAUCUCAAGAGCUUUCGAUCAUUGAGGAAUACCACAAAAGCCAGCAGUAUGAAGAAAUGUACUUCGACUCUAUUGUGGAUGGAAUGGAGGAAGACGGAAAGCUCAUCUGCCCCGUAUGUCAUGCGAAUAACCUGACGGUGAACAGCCAUUUUACAUCAUGUCCAUGUGGCCUUUAUAUCAACACAGUGGGAAGAAAUAUAACAGCAGAUGUGCUCCAGCAUCUGCUUGAGUUGAGAGUCACAGAACAUCUGGAAUACUGCCUCCAGAACCCCAUAUUCUCAGUAGCCUCAAAUGUGGAUGGAGGACCCAACCUUAUGAUGAGCUGCAGGGUGUGUGAUUAUCUCACCAUUGUUCUGUGAGUGACUCCAGUACAAGGGCCAUUGUUUGCUUUUUCAGUGUUUUGUAUUUUAUUUCUGUGAAAUAAAGAGAGUACUUAUUUAACUUUA